AUUCCUAAGAUCGAAGGGCCUCAUCUAUAUUAAUUUUUUUUGUAGCUGCUGAAAUAUACUGAAAAUGAUGACUCGGAUGAGACUAGAUUUAUGUUGUAUAACUUUGCUUUUACUUAUUUGCCUUUUCAACCUUUUAAAAGUUUGUCCUUGAGGCUAAAUGUUGUGUACCGGGAACAGCAACUAUUUUGGAUAUGGUCAAGAGACGGGUUCCGGGAAGGCCCAGAUAUAUGCAGCCUUACCCUUAAAUAGUCUACUCUGUCCCCUGCACCACUCGUCCAUUUUAGAGUUGUGUGGACUGCACAAAUUUUUGGGAGAUGGUGAGUUGGGCGCUUAGAUAUAUACCUUUAUGCUGGAACCAUGUGAUGUCCAACCUCUGCUGCUAUGUCCUGUUUCCAAUAGUAGAGUGUCUUAUGAUUCCUUCUGUUAAACUUUUCUUGAUAAGCCACUUGCUGAUUAUAUCAUUUUCUUUGAUUAAUGUGUUACAGUCCUGUUUCUUCUUUAUUAAUUUACCCUUUACCUGGUAAAUAUUUGUCAAGCCAACCUUUACAUUUUUCAUUUGCUUGACUGUCUUUCUUUGUCUUUUAAGUUGUCCUUGGAGUUCUGCUCUUAUAAUAGAUCUUGCUACAUAUUACAGGAUUUGAUAUAUUUGACCUUAAGACACCUAUGUUUAUUUUAUAGUGGAAUGGAUACACAGGAAACGACAAGUUAUGGUUUCUGGGGAAAUGAUGAGAAAGGCUUAGCACAUGUAUAAGAUGUAGAUUUGAAUCCGACUUUCUAUUUGUGGUCAUCGAGUUAUAGUUCUCAUCUAAUUACUAAUGCCAAAAUAUUCUUUGAACUUCUAUAAGUGCCCAUGCCCAUAAUCGUAAUGAUAGUAUCAGUUGGUGCACUCAUGAAAUGAUGUUCUGCAAAAAAGUUGGUGUAAUGGAUGAUGGACCAAAAUGGAGCUUGCGCGAGAGACCACAGGUUGAGCAACUUAUACGUUAUAUAGUAGAAGAAGCUCCCGAGGAUGCCGAGAAGCAGAGAAAUUUUAAGUUUCCUUUCAUUUCUUGUGAGAUUUUCACAUGUGAAGUUGAUAUCAUUCUCAAAACAUUGGUAGAAGAUGAGGAGUUGAUGAAUCUGUUAUUUUCGUUCUUGGAUUCGGAACACUCACAUAGCGCUUUACUGGCAGGAUACUUUAGCAAGGUAGUGAUUUGCCUUUUGAUGCGGAAGACGAUUUCUCUUAUGAACUAUAUACAAGCUCAUCAAGAAAUUAUUAGACAGCUGAUUGAUCUUAUCGGGAUUACAUCUAUUAUGGAGGUGUUGAUUCGCCUUAUUGGUGCUGAUGAACAUAUAUAUGCGAACUACGCUGAAGCUAUGCGGUGGUUGGAAGAUUCAGAUGUCUUGGAGAUGAUUGUGGAUAAAUUUAGCUCUUCCGAUUUUCCUGAAGUUCAUGCUAAUGUUGCAGAGACGCUAUGUGCCAUUACUAGAUAUGCUCCCCCUGGGAUCUCAGCUAAAAUUGCCAGUCCAAGGCUUAUAGGAAGGCUUUUCCACAAUGCUCUGGAGGAGUCUCGGCCCAAAUCAGUUUUGUUCAACUCCCUUUCUGUAUGCAUUUCCUUGUUAGACCCAAAGAGGCUAACAUUUGGUACUUACCAUGCAUACAAUCGCCAAUUUUCUCAAGGACCUUCAACAACUGCUAAUCCUGAGACCGUUGAGGGCAUGCUUGAGAGCCUGGGUAACCUACUCAAAUUGCUGGAUGUUUCGUCAGAAGAAGGUGUCUUGCUGACUACUUAUGGUAAAUUGCAGCCGCCACUUGGAAAACAACGCUUGAAGAUCAUUGAAUUCAUUUCAGUCUUACUCUCAAGUGGUAACGAAGCUGCUGAAAAAGAAGUCAUACGACUUGGAGCCAUAAAAAGAAUCUUAGACAUGUUUUUUGAGUACUCGUACAAUAAUUUUUUGCAUCACCAUGUAGAGAACAUAAUACUAUCUUGCUUUGAGAGCAAGAGUUCUGUGCUUGUUGAGCAUCUACUUCAUGACUGUGAUCUUGUUGGAAUGAUAAUGGAAGCUGAAAAAAAUCCUAUCUUAUCAAGUGAUUCAAGCAAGCCUACAGUUGGUUUGGAUGGGAGCAACCCUCCUAGAGUGGGAAAUAUUGGUCACCUUACUCGCAUAUCGAACAAACUUGUACAUCUGGGUAACACAAACACUGAAAUUCAAGCAUUUUUUCAGGAGAACACUGAAUGGCUUGACUGGUGUUCAAAUGUCUUAUGUAAGCGCAAUGCUGUUGAAAAUGUGUAUCAAUGGGUCUGUGGGAGACCAACUGCUCUACAGGACCGGACUAGGGACAGUGAUGAUGAUGAUUACCAGGAUAGAGAUUAUGAUGUUGCUGCUCUGGCUAACAAUUUAAGCCAAGCAUUCCACUAUGGCAUAUACAGUAAUGAUAUGGAAGAGGUUCAAGCAUCACUUGAACGAGAUGAAGAGGAUGUUUACUUUGAUGAUGAAUCUGCUGAGGUGGUUAUAUCCUCGCUGCGUCUUGGAGAUGACCAGGAUAGCGGUUCGUUGUUCACUAAUUCUAACUGGUUUGCUUUUGAGGACGAUCGCGUUAAGAAUGACCGCUUAACUGGUUCACUUGCCUCCGCAUCACCAGCAGAUGACGAAACUGGUGCUGAUAGUAGUAGUAUUGAUGAAGUUGACGGUGAUAACUUGAAUGACACUGCGACUUCACAAGUGCCUGAAGCAGAAUCCAAAGCACUCGAGCCCAUUGCUGAAUGUGCUCCUCCUGCUGGGGAGGAGGAUGCAGGGCGAAGUGCUACGUCCGAGCAAAAUGAUUGGGUUGAAUGGAGGGAAACAUCAAUUUCAAGUGAUAUAUCUGAUGAAGCAAAUGAACAAGGGACAGUAGUGGAUGGAGUUGAGAAAUUAGACAACAAGGCUGCUGAGAGUAGCCCGAGUGCACCUGAGCCGUCUCCCUCAAUAAUUGAUGCCUCAGAGAGGAAUGGUGCCACCGAAGAUUUAGGUGUGCCACAAUCUACUGGUGAGGUUGGUGGGGCUGAAAAUAUAGGCUCACCACCAUCAAGCUCAAGCUCAAGUGCUCCCCAGGAUCUCCCAUCUGGAGAUGAACAGGUUCCAAAACUUGAUGACAAUGUGAAAACUGAUUUAGUUCAAGAAGGCAACUAGCUGUACAUUAGAAAUAGAAGUAUUACAGAAUCAGAAAGAACAGGAUAAACUCUUCUUUCCUGUUCACUAGUCAAAUUUUCCAGUCGAUAAAGGUCUCAUUGUAAUACCUAGCUCCUUUUUCUGUACAUCUUAGUGGAUUCAAAUUCUUGAGUAGAGAAAGUAAUGAUUCUUUUCUGAGCAAAUCAGGACAUUUCCCCUCUUCACAUUGUAACGUAGAUAUUGGAAGAGCUUAAUAUUCAUGUUAUUUUCCAUUCUUUGCAA